UGUGGGUGGGAGCGGGGCUGGGGCGACGCGAGGGGAAGGCGGGCGGGCAGAGCGGGCGGGCGAGCGUGUCUGCGCGCCGCAGCCCGGCAGGGAUGCGGCAUGGCCGUGGGCUCCGUGAAGAUGCCGUCGCCGUGUGAGGGCGCGGAGCUGACUCGCAGCUGGAGCCCCGGCGGCGGAGCCCACGAGCCGCCGCCGCCGGUGCAGCUGCGGCAGAAGCUGCGGGAGCUACCGGCGCUGCUGCGGAGCGGGCUGACGCUGCGGAGGAAAAGCGCCGCCGCCGCCGGCCGGACCCUGUCCAGAAGAAUUUCAAAUCCUUAUUUGGAAACUCCUGCAAACAAGAUUUAUGGAGAAAGUUCAUCCUGUGCUGGAAGAGCUCUCAGGAAUAUUUUUACCCUACAAGCGUCUGACCUGAUUAAAGACAGGGUGUACCUUACUGGCAUUUGCAGGAGAAGCUGUGUUGGAUCGGAACUGGUAGACUGGCUUUUGGAGCAGUGCCCUUUUGUUAAGUGCAGGUCUACAGCAGCUGGAGUGUGGCAGCUCCUCCUGGAUAUGGGCAUUAUAUUAUCAGUGGACAGACAACUCUAUUUUCAAGACACUCAUGCUUUCUACCAGUUCUCAGCGGAUGAAUGUACCUACCUUUUCUGUGAAUUUGAGAAAGAGGAGGGAUGGAAGAAUGGAGUAAAGCUCCUACUUCAACUACUGCCGUUGUCUCCUCCCAGGAUUGACAUGUGCAAUCUGCCUGAUCAAAAAAUAGAAGAUACGGCAGAAACCAAUGCUGAAAUUCUUGCUCGUCUUACUUCUGCGGUACAGAGAGAACUGGCUGCUGUCAUUGCUUUGAAAGCAAGGAAAUCAGCAAUUCAUCAAAAUGAAGAAAACAGCAGUCUAGAAGUAAGAGGACUAGAAGAGCUCAAGGAUACCUCUGAUGCUCAGGCAGGGGUUUUGUGCAAGCUUCAGGGAAGAGAUGACAUCGGACGGAUUGAGCUGGUCCAGAAGCUGGCGAGAGAAAACUGCCAGUUUUUGCAGACGGAUAGAAAACCGGCGGAGAAGGCAGAACAAGCGGACGAUGGAGGCGGCGGCGAGCGGGCGCGGGAGGAGGCCGGCGCAGCGCUGGUGCUGCGGAAGGUGUGGUCACGCAGCCCGGCCCCCGAGCGGCGCGGGAGAUACGUGGUGGUGUCGGGGACACCGGAGAAGAUUUUGGAGCAUCUCCUCAGCGACCUGCACCUGGAAGCCGCCCAGGACAAAGAGACGGAAACUCUCCUGGAUGACUUCCUUCUCACGUACACAGUCUUCAUGACGACUGAUGACUUGUGCCAGGCACUUCUGAGGCACUAUUGUGCUAAGAACCACCAAGGGAAAGAAGAUGACUCUGAUGUGUCCUGUAGGAAACGAAAAGUCUUGCAUUUGGUGUCUCAGUGGACUUCUCUCUACAAAGACUGGUUACACGAAGAUGAGCAUUUAAAACAAUUUUUAAAGACAAUAUACAGAAAUGUGUUAGAUGACGUGUAUGAAUAUCCCAUUCUUGAGAAGGAACUGAAAGAAUUUCAGAAGAUACUUGGGAUGCAUCGUCGUCACACUGUAGAGGAGUAUUCACCUCACCGAAAGAAUAAAACCUUUUUCCACCAGUUCAGUCUAAAGGAGAACUGGCUGCAACACAGAGGAACCAUGAAUGACACAGAAGAAAUUUUCUGCCGUGUGUAUAUAACAGAGCACUCCUAUGUCAGUGUGAAAGCUCAAGUAUCCACUUCAGCUCAGGAGAUACUGAAGAUUGUAGCGGAAAAGAUCCAGUACCCAGAGGAGGAGUUGGCGCUCGUGACAGUCACGUUCUCUGGUGAAAAACAUGAACUACAACCAAAUGACUUGGCUAUCUCAAAAUCUUUUGAGUCAUCCAGUCGUAUGUUUGUCUACCGAAAAGAUCUGACUGAUUCUUUGAACCCAUUUGCUGAAAAUGAGGAAUUGCAGCAAAGGUCUGUGAGAAUUUUGGGAAUCAACACCUGGGAUCUUGCUUUGGAACUAACAAACUUUGACUGGAGCCUCUUCAAUGCAAUUCAUGAGCAAGAGCUGAUAUACUUCACGUUCAGCAGACAGGGCAGUGCUGAAAACACCGAGAAUCUCAGUCUUCUGCUUCAAAGGUGCAAUGAGGUCCAGCUUUGGGUUGCCACUGAGAUACUCCUCUGCAGCCAGCUCUGCAAACGUGUACAGCUAGUCAAAAAGUUUAUCAAGAUUGCUGCCCACUGUAAGGCCCAAAGAAAUCUGAAUUCAUUCUUUGCUAUUGUUAUGGGUCUCAACACUGCAUCUGUCAGCCGGCUGUCUCAGACCUGGGAGAAAAUUCCUGGGAAGUUCAAGAAACUUUUCACUGAACUUGAAAGUUUGACGGACCCUUCUCUGAAUCACAAAGCUUACAGAGAUGCAUUCAAGAAAAUGAAAUCUCCAAAAAUCCCCUUCAUGCCCUUACUUCUGAAAGAUGUAACAUUCAUCCACGAAGGAAAUAAAACCUUUCUGGAUAACCUUGUUAAUUUUGAAAAGCUGCACAUGAUUGCAGAUACCGUUCGGUCGUUAAGACAUUGCAGAAAUAACCAGUUUGGCAAUGAAGUUCCUUCAAAAGAGCAUCAUGAGCUGAAGCCAUAUGUCCAUCACCUGCACGUCAUUGACAACCAGCAAGCUCUGUUUGAGCUUUCUCACAGGAUAGAGCCGCGAGUACCAAAACUGUUCAGAUGAGGAUACUACCUGCGGUGGACUCCUUCAUGCAGUGUAAGGACACAAACCAGACACAAUUUGCUGCUUGUGUUACUGCAGUUCUUCCUCUGGUUGCAGCACUCCCCGAAUCCCCACCCUAGACGCAUUACCUGGGUGCUUUGCUGGUUUUUGAGCUCCCCCUUGUGAAAUCUUUUUUACUGUGGCAUUAUUUUUAGGAGCCUGCGUGUAGACCAGCCUGCCUGCUUUAGCUCAUGUGGUGCAACGCUCUAGGCCACAAGUUGUUCUCUUGAGAUCUGUGGGAGAGGGAGCAUGAGAAGGUGAGAAAGCGGGCCUGUUUCUCAGUUUACUGCGUUUGGCUCUGUGAUAGUUUUGGUACUUACUGCUGAUGAAGCAGCAGCGGUGCCAGAGGAGAAUAAAAGACAAGGAAAUGAAAAAAGGGAAGAAAAAAAAGAAAAAAGAAGUAGAAAGAUGACUCUAUGCUCAAGCUUUGAUUUGAAAGGGUGCCAAAGCCACCUUGAAGGCUCCUCACUCUGCCAAUUCAGACUGGUUGAAGUAAAUUGAUGGGUUAAUUUUGUGUGUUCGAGCCAGCUGAGGUAUUGGCUAUCUGCACCACUGUAACUUCAUACUAAAUCAGGUGUUGUGUACCCCUUGCAGCUAGCAUAAACUCAGUUUAAAGGUGUAUAGCCACCAUUAACCUCGUUACCUGUGUUAUGGCUAAUUAGACUACUGUUUAAAACUUUGCAAACUAGUUUUCGUGGUGGCCUGUAUAAUUAGGAUCCGAGGAUAAUUAGAUCUGAGAGGCCAACCUGGAUGCAUCAAUUUCACAUUGAAAAUACGAGUAUUAUUACUUAGCAUAAAGGAAAGGCAAAUAGUCCAAAUCUGUAGUUAAUCUGUCUAAUAAAAAAAGGCCCUUCAGAGUCUAUGUUCAACAGCUGAAGCAUCGCAGAGCUGGGCUGCAGACUGGCAAGCAGUUUGAAGGUAUGGUGGUUGGGAGGAGAACUAGAAGUAAACCCUGCGAAAGGGAGGGGGGACAGUACACAACCUCUGAUGGGGUCCAGCACUGGUGAUACUGUGUUAUUUUUAGAUCCUUCAAUAGCGCAAUUAUGUUAACAUAGGAUAAAAUCCAUGAAUCUUAUAAGUUCAGUUUAUCGCAAUCACACCUGGGGUUAAAUACUCUGCAUAUUUUCUUUAGUAGCUAGGUGGAGUAAUUAGGCAAAACAAAGGAAAAAGCUGGGUCACUGUAUCUCUUUGAUGUGGGAUUUUGCUGCACCAAAUUUCAAUGCUUCUAUGAUACAUCUUUUUGAUUCCAGCCCCGUCUCAGAAAUAAAUUGCAGUUGCAUGACAGUGGCAAAAAAAAAAAAAAAGUGUUAUGAGAAAUAAUAAGAUACAUGCUGCUGUAAAAUUACAAAGAGAGAUGUAAAUACUAAACAUUUUAGCAGAGUAAUAUUUAUUUGCAUAGCCUAUUUAUUGUCAUCUUAUUACACUGUUAAGAAAUACUGGGAUGAAGUCAAUGAGCUGAGGUGAGAACACCUGCCUGUUCAUUCUCUCUGAGUGCCAUAAUGCUGUCAGCUUGCAUUAAAAGUAAUAAAACUGAAAAGCCCAAAUCAAGGUAUUUACCUAACUUCUCAGGGACGACAGCUAGUAGUUAUCCACCGUUAUGAGACCUGGUAUGUAUGAAAUAAUCUGAUUUACCAGAAUCAAUGUUGCUAAUGUUUUCCUUUUCAUAUUCCAUGCUUGUCUGCCUCUGUACAUAUUAUUGUGUUGUGUAUUUAUGAGAGAUAGUAAGCAAUAAUUUAUAUGUCAAAAUGGCCAAGCAAUACAAGGUUAAAACUUGUAGAAGCAACUGUUACAUUUAUCUUGCAUUUUCCAGUGUUUUUUAAUAUUGCUUUUCAAAAUAUAAAAACUACC